CUCAGUUGAAUAUGAAUGAAUUUGCAUCCCUUUGCAUCAACGCAGCCGUUGUUAUGUUUGCCAUUAACAACAAAGAACUACCCUGGUUUGGGGUCAUUCAUUCACUGUAAAUGGCGCUGGUGUUGCCUUUCCUUCUUCUUUCCCUCCCUAUACUCGUGGUGCCCUACACGCCCUUUUAUAGAGGAACCAAGUGCCUCUCCUACUAUACUGAGCCGCAAUGCCCAGUAAGGGGAGUAUGCGAUCCCCACGACCACUGUGUCCUGUGGGGCACCGGCUCUUUUAACUGGGAAUUCGAGGACCGCUUCCACCACUAUGACUACAUGAACUAUUACGCCCCACCGACAUUGCCGCCUGACGUUAUUUAUGCAAACCGAACUCGUUACGUGAUACACCCAUACGCUCCGCCGAACACACGGAUGUGCCGCGACAUAGACGUGCCCGGAUUUUGGUGGGGCGGGCAGUGGCAUUUCGGCAAUGAGACGUCUCAAGCUUUGGACCCGCAAUGUGUAUUUCAACGCUUAAAGCGGAGAGACAUCAUUGAGUGCCUUCACGGAAAAAAGGUCUUGUUCAUGGGCGACAGCUUGGUCCGGCAAGUAUUCCUGCGGCUCGUCUUUUAUCUUCGGGGAUAUGAGAGCGUCAUGGAGCACUACUUCCACAUGGACGCCGCUUACACCUAUUUUAAUGACGCUUCCGAUAGCCUCCUUGUGGAUAAGAACGCAAUUAGUGUUUACGGCAGGCCAUUGAACCCUAACGAGGUUUUUACCGUUGGCUUCGCCUGGUACCGAGAGCCAGAUGACUACGUCAAGGUAUUAAACACCAGCUCUCCUGACUACGCUAUCUUCGGUGGCUUGUUCACGCCCACGAAGGGCGAUGACUGCGGGUCCAUAACCCGGAGCGCCGUGGAGCGCAUGGUGCAAUUUGGCAGUGCAACGGGAAAGCCCUCGCGUCUCCUUUUGCAAAUGCCGCAUACUGGAGUUCACUCUUCAGCCUUACUUGACGGCUAUGCAUCGCGUGCCCGAGCUCUGGUCGGAAAGCUCCGAGGUGCAAACCUCCCCACGCGCAUUGACAUCGUUCCAGUGGAUGUCAUGUCUGUGAAGUCAACCUUCCUCCGCAACGAGCUCGAGUUCCGCAGUGGGUGGCCCACGGGGUUGCACUACCAGUGCAGCUUUCUUGGGGAAUACCCCGUCCCUAUUCACGCCUUCAAGACUCCUCCAGACUAUGACUGCCGUGACCUGAUGAACUUUAACACCCUCAUGCUCAUGCUCAAUUCGCUGUGUGCGAAAUAGCGGCCUUAUCGUCAUUUGUGAAAGCACCGGCAUGCCAGGGAAGCUUUCGCAGAAAGAUCCCGUUGUAGCUCACUACUGGGGAUACUGUCGUACUGUGUUGUAUGGCCGUACUCAGCUAAGUGCUGUACAGUGUUGGUAACUAUCAUCUUGGACUGCCGGUGUGGUGGUCGCAGCUACGUUUUGCAGUGGCGCAUGACAGCGGAUGUGGUUAUGCCAUGCCUCAGCUUUAGAGUCCCCUUUCAUGGCAUGUCGUUUUUACCAAUGUAAGCUAGGGUGCUGUGUAUGCAUGUACACCCGCUAUUGGCUGUUUGGGAUGCUGUGGUUGUGUGGCAAGUUUGCUUGGGCCGAUAACCGGUAAUUAUGGCUUGCUUGUGGGCUAAAUCGGCAGGUUCUGCUUGGCCCAGUCAUGCAUACGUCUGCUGAACAUCCCAGGCAGCCCCAGGCAGCUGCUGGGCAACGCACGCACUCAUCGGGGUUGCUCAAUCAUGAUCAGGCUAUUGGGACGUUUUCCCUUUUUUUCGUGCGUGAGGGGAGAAGUAGACGUGUGAUGUGCAAAAUUGCCGCAUACAUGAACAAUUUAUGGGAUAUGUGCUAAGCGUUCAGCGGAUAGUGAAAAGGAGAAUAGCAUUAACGCUAUGGUGCAGAUUUGGGUGUUUCCUUGGGAGUGUCAAUUCAACCGCAGCCAACUAUGUCAUGAUGUGAUUUGUCCUGCCGUACACGAACAGUAGCAGGGAUCUCUCUCUUGCUGGGGUGUUUUCUUCUGUACAUGCAUUCUUCUGUAAGCAUUACUUCCUGUGCCUUAGUAGGUAGGCGUAGGUAACUGUGCUUAGUCAAUAGCAUCAUGGGGAACACGCUGUUCACGUUUGAACAUCACGCACGGUGUUCUCUUAUGCUGUGCGGCUUUUCGUCUAAAAGGGUUCGAAUGGUUGCAUGCUCGUUGCAACCAUGGUUGCAGCUUAUUUGUAACUGGUGUUGGAACAGGAAAAUGACAGCGG